GUAUCACAGAAGUAGAGGGUCCACGUUAGCUCUCUUUCCCACACACUGCAAGUGCUUGAUGUUGGAGGUCCAUCUCCAGUCACUGCCUCACCGCGCCAACGCUGGAGCUCUCUGACAAGCGAAGAACCACCGAGGUCUGACCAGCAGGAUGCAACAACUCAGGGAAGGCGUUCACAUACGUACAAUGAAGGCCAAGAGGAAAGUGGAGGAGAUCUCCAAAGAGGACGUCCAGGCUUUCCUCAAGAAGAAUGCCUUUGUGCUUUUUACUGUUGGAGCCGUUAUUGUAGGUAUUGCUCUGGGAUUCCUGCUGCGGCCAUAUAAGAUGACCUAUCGAGAGGUGAAGUACUUCUCCUUCCCCGGGGAGCUGUUAAUGAGAAUGCUUCAGAUGCUCGUUCUUCCCUUAUUGGUAUCCAGUCUGAUAACAGGAAUGGCAGCUUUAGACAGCAAAGCCUCAGGAAAGAUGGGCAUGAGAGCCGUGAUUUACUACAUGACCACGACCAUAAUUGCAGUCUUCAUUGGUAUCAUAGUCGUCCUCAUCAUUCACCCAGGAAAAGGAUCCAAAGCUGAGUUUGGAAAGCAGCAAAAGAUAGAGCAAAUCAGUCCUGCUGAUGCCUUCCUAGACCUGAUCAGAAAUAUGUUUCCCCCAAACUUGGUCCAAGCCUGCACACAGCAGUUCAAAACCAAAUAUGGGAAAAGAACAGUCCAUGUUACUGUUACAGUGAAUGACACCUUCUUCAACUCGACCAACGGCACCCAGGAAGUCAUGGAGAUCACCCGGGAGGAAGUGAUCCCAGUGUCGGGUCAAGUGAACGGGGUCAAUGCUCUCGGGCUGGUGGUGUUCUCCAUGUGCUUUGGUCUAAUAAUUGGCAGCAUGAAGGAGCAAGGCCAGAUCCUGAGGGACUUCUUCGACAGCCUCAAUGAAGCUAUCAUGCGCCUGGUUGCCAUCAUCAUGUGGUAUGCUCCCAUCGGUAUCCUGUUCCUGAUUGCAGGAAAGAUUGUAGAGAUGGAUGAUCUGACACAGAUGGGCGGCCAGCUGGGCAUGUACACCAUCACGGUUAUCAUCGGCUUACUUAUACACGGAGUUCUUGUUCUUCCCACUCUUUAUUUCGUUAUCACUCGGCAAAACCCUUUCAUAUUCAUCGCUGGUCUCCUGCAAGCCUUGGUAACAGCCUUGGGCACCUCCUCCAGCUCAGCCACCCUUCCUGUCACCUUUAAAUGUCUGGAGGAGAACAACAAAAUAGACAAGCGAAUCACUCGUUUUGUGCUGCCUGUGGGGGCCACCAUCAACAUGGAUGGAACAGCUCUGUAUGAGGCGCUGGCCGCCCUCUUCAUUGCCCAAGUCAACAACAUGGAGAUGAACUUUGGGCAGAUCAUCACCAUCAGUAUUACAGCAACUGCAGCCAGUAUCGGAGCCGCGGGCAUCCCUCAGGCAGGCCUGGUCACCAUGGUGAUUGUACUGACCUCUGUUGGACUUCCUACUGAUGACAUCACUCUCAUCAUUGCGGUUGAUUGGUUUCUGGACCGACUUCGUACCACGACCAACGUCUUGGGGGACUCCAUCGGAGCCGGCAUUGUGGAGUUCCUGUCCCGACACGAGCUCCGCAGCAAAGACGUAGAGAUGGGCAACUCAGUGCUGGAGGAGAGGGAGAGGAAGAAACCCUACAAGCUCAUCUCCCAGGACAGUGAUUUUGAAAAUGACAAACGUGCCCACAGCGAAUCCAACAUGUGAUUCAACAUCAUUGCCGUGUGCAGGCACUUACAGCCAGUUCACUUAUUAUUUCACACCUUUUUGAUUUGUUAACAUUCCUUGGUUCUAUGACAAUGCUGAAGUUUUUUGGUGUCGUCGUGUCAAAUAGGACUGGUAGUUUCUAUUUUGUAUGUUGGCCACAUGAAUGAAUGUUUUAACCUCAUAUCGCCCUCAUGUAGAGUAUUAGCUGCAAGUAGCUUUAGAGAAGUGCUGGAUGAAGCUAAGACACAGGAGUGAAAGAUGUUUCUGGAGCACAUAGUGAUACAUUAUGUUAAGAAAUUAUACAUUUGGACACAGGACAUAUCUAAAGUCAAAUUAAAAUGUGUCUAUAUUGUCCUAACAUUCAAUAGUUAGUUUGCUUCUUACAGGUUCUUACAAGCCUUUUAUGAGUGUACAGUCCAGGUUGACAGAUUCUUUCUCAAGCCUGUAGAUGUGUGACCUACAGGCUUGAGAAAAGUGACUAAGUUGGGUCAUUAAUAGAUGUUAAAGCCUCUGAUUUCAAUAUUAAUGUGUGUAAAUGAAUUUAACUACUGAACAUGAAAACUGUUUUUGUUUAUAAUAACUUCGGUCAAAUAAACAGAAAAGGCA